UUGAGCACUUGUGCCUAAUUCGGUUUGGAUCUCUUCUUCUUCUUCCUCGGUCUGUGAAUCCUCUGGCUUACAUAUGAAGCGAGAUCUUCUAAUGAAUCAGGAAAUGUAAAUCGGUCUCUAGAAAGAUCAUCUGAACGACCAAGAAAAUAUUGUGCAUUCAUAUUCAUUGGUUGUUCUAUCUAUCGUAUUCUGUAAGUAAGUAAAGAUUUGAGUUAGAAAUGGAUGGAUUUACUGCCGAAGAUUUGUCUACAAUCGGAGGAAUCGCCACUGUUUCCGUCCUCCAUUCCUUUAUCCCAACACACUGGCUUCCUUUCUCCGUCGUAGGUCGAGCUCAGAAGUGGACUCUUUCAAGAACCCUAUUAGUGACUGCAUUUGGAGCAGUUUUACAUGUAUUGUCAACUUCACUCCUUGGCAUAACAGCAAUCACGAUAUCAAAUACAAUUGCUGGCGAAGAAACUGUACACCAACUUGCUUCUCUACUGCUAGUUAUUCUGGGCGGUGGUUACAUUGCGCUAUUUCUGACUGGAAAAGGCGGAGGACACAGCCAUUCGCACAACCAGCCAAUGGAAAAAAUGGCUGUGGCGGGUCUUGUUCUUGUUCCUGCUCUUUCUCCUUGUGCCACCACCCUUCCCGUGUUUCUUGCAGUCCGAAACUCAUCUUCCAUGAUGGUGCUAGCUAUUAUCGUACUGCUUUUCAGUACAAUAACAGUGAUGACCAGUUUGGUGGCUCUGUCGUUCUACGGGGCGAGCCAACUUAAGUUUCACUGGGUGGAGCGAUACGACAAGGUUCUAGUCGGGUCUGUCCUCUGUUUGGUUGGGAUUUUGACGCUCCUUUUUCACGAUCACGGCCAUCACGAUCAUGCGAGUGAGCAUCGCAAAAUAAUUUCUCUAUGAGAGCCUCGUUGUGUUUGACAAAAACUGUUAUUUUCUUGGAAGUAAAAAAGAAGAGGAGAGAAUGAAAGUAGAUGAGUUGUUAUAUAUUUGUGUUCUUCUUAUUAUUACAUAAGUAGAGUGAAAAAUGGACAUACUAAUUCUUGAUCAUGUGAGCUUUGUAUGAUUGCCUAUCUAGCUAGCUAGGCUGUAAUGUUGUCCAUAUUCUUCUUGUAUUGAAGAAAUAUGAAUGCCAGAGUUGUUGAAUCACCAAAUUUAUUUGGAGACUAUAAUUAUUUUUUUU